AUGAUGAUUGAUAUGUAUGGCUUGUGUGACAAUGAUUGGCUAUCCGGAUUGUGGGAUCAUAGGUGUCGUUGGGUUCCUUGUUUCUUAAAAACCACAUUUUGGGUUGGGAUGUCAACUACACAGAGAAGUGAGAGUAUGAAUGCAUUCUUUGAUGGCUACGUGCAUUUGAAAACCUCAUUGAAGCAGUUUGUGGAACAGUAUGAACGUACCCUUAGAAGCAAAGUUGAGAAGGAGUUUCAGGCUGAUUUUAAGCCGUUCUCACAGAUGUUACCAUGUGCAACACAGUUUGAAAUAGAGAAACAGUUUCAGUCAGUUUACACAAUCUCAAAAUUUCGUGAAAUUCAACAAGAAUUCGCGGGAAAGGUGUACUGCGACAUGUUGUCUGCUUCGGAUGGAUGUGUUGGUGCGACAUAUGAAGUGCGAGAGACUAUCAUGUAUGAGGGUUCUCGGAGGAAAAAGACAUUCAUGGUGUCACUCAUGAGAGAUAGCUGUGAUAUUGUUUGUUCAUGUCACCUAUUCGAGUUUCGGGGAAUACUUUGCAGACAUGCGAUCAUAGUGUUGGAUAGGAAUGACGUCACACAUAUUCUGGAGAAGUACAUACUGCGAAGGUGGAGAAGAGAUAUUCCAAGGGCACACACGAGGGUUGCAGUCAACUACGACGAGUUAGUUAGCACUCCUGCACAAUUGAGAUACGAAGAGAUGUGUAAUAGUUUUGCGGAGGCGGAAAAUCUUGCUGCAGAUGAUGAGUAUUGUUCGCGUUUGGUAAUGGAAUGGAUAAAAGUUCAACAUGAAGAGCUUAUGAUUACGAAAUCGAGUGCACGAAAUAAUCCUGUUUCACAAACAAUUGCUCAUGUGGAAGAUCAAUGCACUGACUUACCAAAUACCGCCAAUGUGAGAGCAUUGGAUCCGAAGUUGACUCGAAGAAAGGGAGCGCCAAGGAAACUUAGAAGAAAAAGCCCACUGGAGAUUGCAUCGAAGAAAGCGAAGGUGACUGUAUGCCGUUAUACUAUCCAAGCUUACCGGACGAAGAUAGAAGAGGCUCGUGACUGGAUCUUUAUUGACCUUUGA